ACCCCAGACCCUCCAUAACGACAUCGAGGGACAUUUCCUCAGCGCCAGGGAGCUUGCAGAGCAGUGGGUCAUAAGUGCGGGUCCUCUCCCAGUCAUAGCCCCUCGCUCCCAUUUUGGCCUCUCCUUCAUCUCUGGAGCUUUUUGCUCCCACGUUUUGUUUUCGCCCAGCAGUCCGGCAGGCAGGGCUGCGUAGAGGUCUAGAGCAGGGCCUUCCCCGGGCAGCUGCCACAGUGGCCCCGCCGAGGGUAGGACUGCGGGGUCGGGAGGAGCGCUUGCUUCCGUCUGGGUCCAGGCGGUAGCCUAGGGUCUCUGGCAACCAUGGUGAAGUUGGGGAACAAUUUCGCGGAGAAGGGCACCAAGCAGCCGCUGCUGGAGGAUGGUUUCGACACCAUUCCCUUGAUGACGCCCCUCGAUGUCAAUCAGCUGCAGUUCCCGCCCCCGGAUAAGGUGGUUGUGAAAACGAAGACGGAAUAUGAACCUGACCGCAAAAAGGGCAAAACACGUCCUCCCAAGAUAGCUGAGUUCACGGUCAGCAUCACUGAGGGUGUCACCGAGAGGUUUAAGGUGUCUGUGCUGGUCCUCUUUGCCCUGGCCUUCCUCACCUGUGUCGUGUUCCUGGUUGUCUACAAGGUGUAUAAGUAUGACCGUGCCUGCCCUGAUGGGUUCAUCCUCAAGAACACUCAGUGCAUUCCAGAAGGCUUGGAAAGCUACUAUGCAGAGCAAGACUCGAGUGCCCGGGAGAAAUUUUACACGGUCAUAAACCACUACAACCUGGCCAAGCAGAGCAUCACCCGCUCUGUGUCACCUUGGAUGUCAGUUCUGUCAGAAGAGAAGCUGUCAGAGCAGGAGACUGAAGCAGCUGAGAAGUCAGCUUAGCAAGCUGGGCAGGUUCCUUACAGUGUCACUUGAAGGUAACAAAGGGACUUUGAGGGACAUUUCAUUAAAUAUAAUUACCAAUAAUUUAGAGGUUACUCAUUUAUGGUGCAAUUGCUUCUGUUUGCUAAUGCUGCUUUACAAAUAAAACGUGCUGCCGACCACCCAUGGGCAUAAGACCAAGUGCAUAUCAUAUCAGCAUUACUCUCCAUGUUAAGACCAAAUGCAUAUCAGCAUUGCCUAACAAGCUCUGACACCACUAUCCAUGUUAAGGAUUCUUCAUGUAGCUCCUUUACUGGGAUUUACUGGAUGCUGUAAAAAAAAAAAAAAAAAAACACUGGAUAUGUCAGGGUCUGGAUUUCAGAGGAAUAGUGCAUUUUGUAGGUUUUUUUUUUCAAGCCACAUUCCUAUCUGCAGACCUUCCUCCAUAGCCAUAUCUGGAGUGGUCUCACUUUGCUGACAGCAGUGCCAGAGAAGGAAGGAGAGCACCGGGGCAGGCCCGCCAUCCGUGCCUGUGCCUGUGUCUUAUCACGGCCACACUCAGAUUGUCACCAGGUCCCUUCUGGCUGUGGUGGUGUCUUGAAAAGUGGGGUAUGGGGUGGAGGUGGCCAAGACAGUGGGGUUCUCUCCAGUGUGUGGCCUGAGCAGAGCACAAGAAGGGUGGGGUGGGGAAGGGACGGCCCAGGGGCUGUGGGUGGGCUGUGGGGAUGUGCUAGAUGGAGGGAGGCACCAUGAGCCCUCUCUUCCUUCUGUUCUGAAUACAUUUGCACGUACAGCCCUGGAUGCGACUUAGUUUUUGAUUUUGUUUUUUCCUUUUAUUAGCUGGGUGGGAAAGUGAAUGUAACUGCUGGUAAGCCAGGGCUACUUAACUUUUAUUCUGUGAAAAGAUGUAACUCCUUUGAUGUAGGAAGUGGGUGGGAAGGCUGGUGUUGGGGGGGGGCGGUUAUGGCACCUUGCAGAUAUACUAUUUCAGUCCACAAUCUUUGUAAGAAAAUUGUUUUAAUCUGAAUCUUGACAUUAAAGUAUAUGUUUACAAAGUUGUCAGUUAGAUAAAUUAAGUGUGUAAGACAAUUAAAUAGAAAAAAGAUA